ACUCCAUGCCGGGUCUCUCGCUCCGGCUCGCCUCGGCUCGCUCGCGCGGCGGGAGAGUUGGCGCAAAGCUCGCCGCCGCCGCCGCCUGGCUCGGCUGCCGCCCGUGCCUCUCCGCCUUCCCCUGCGCCCUCCGCUCCCGCCAUGGGGCCAACUUGGGGCUCCUAAGAGUUGCCGGCUCUUAGCAGCGCGCUCUCCGGCCCAAGUCCCCGCGGGCGGACGAUGGCUUAGGGCGCCAGAGGGGUCAGCCUAGAGGUAACGAGAAGGGGAAAGGACGGCUCACUGGGAGGGAAAAAGAAAAAGGAAACGACAAGAAAAGCCCAACAAUGAGUUUCCACAAGGAGGACGGAGUGAGCAGCCUGUGCCAGAAGGCGCUGCACAUCGUCACCGAGCUGUGCUUCGCUGGCCAGGUGGAGUGGGAGAAGUGCUCGGGCAUCUUCCCCCCGGACAGGGGCAGCCAGGGCGGAGGCAGCACAGAUAUUUCGGUCAGCCUGUUAGCAGUGGUUGUAAGUUUCUGUGGCCUGGCCUUGUUGGUUGUCUCGCUUUUUGUCUUCUGGAAAUUGUGCUGGCCGUGCUGGAAAAGCAAACCUGUGACCUCCAACGUCAGUACCCUUCCACAGAGCAUUUCAAGUGCUCCUACUGAAGUUUUUGAGACUGAAGAGAAAAAAGAGGUUAAAGAAAAUGAAAAACCAGCACUAAAAGUUAUUGAACCUGCAAUAAAAAUCAGCCACACUUCCCCUGAUAUCCCAGCAGAAGUCCAAACUGCUUUAAAAGAGCAUUUGAUUAAACAUGCACGUGUGCAAAGGCAAACCACUGAGCCUACGUCUUCAUCCCGACACAAUUCCUUCAGGAGACACCUACCAAGGCAAAUGCAGGUUUCCAGUGUUGAUUUUAGCAUGGGAGCAGAACCUGUUCUACAAAGAGGAGAAACAACAACCAGCAUUGGGAGGAUAAAACCAGAGCUCUACAAACAAAAAUCAGUUGACUCUGAGGGCAACAGGAAAGAAGAUGUCAAAACAUGUGGGAAACUUAACUUUACCCUCCAGUAUGAUUAUGAAAAUGAACUUCUAGUUGUUAAAAUUAUCAAGGCCUUAGAUCUCCCUGCUAAAGACUUCACAGGAACUUCAGAUCCUUAUGUGAAGAUGUAUCUCCUUCCAGAUAGGAAAAAGAAAUUUCAGACCCGUGUGCACAGAAAAACUUUAAAUCCUCUAUUUGAUGAAACUUUUCUAUUUCCUGUAGCAUAUGAUCAACUAAGCAACCGAAAACUACAUUUCAGUCUGUAUGAUUUUGACAGAUUUUCUAGACAUGACAUGAUUGGGGAAGUGAUUCUUGAUAAUUUGUUUGAAGUCACUGAUCUCUCCAGGGAAGCUACGAUAUGGAAAGAUAUUCAUUGUGCUACCACAGAAAGUGUAGACCUGGGUGAAAUCAUGUUUUCCCUUUGUUAUCUGCCGACUGCUGGGCGCAUGACAUUGACAGUCAUCAAGUGCAGAAAUCUGAAGGCGAUGGAUAUUACUGGCUCAUCAGAUCCUUAUGUCAAAGUGUCUCUGAUGUGUGAGGGUCGAAGAUUAAAAAAGAGGAAAACAACAACAAAGAAAAACACUCUAAACCCUGUGUACAAUGAGGCCAUCAUUUUUGACAUCCCUCCGGAGAACGUGGACCAGGUCAGCCUCUCCAUUGCGGUCAUGGAUUACGAUAGGGUAGGACACAAUGAAGUCAUAGGAGUGUGUAGAACAGGACUGGACGCCGAGGGUCUUGGGCGAGACCAUUGGAAUGAAAUGCUGGCCUAUCACCGAAAACCAAUAACACACUGGCACCCUUUGUUGGAGUUACCUGGCCGGGCAACCAGUUUUGAUAGUCAAGGAUCCUGUCCUUCUCCCAAACCACCUUCCACACCAUAAUGCCUCUGAAAUAAGAUCAUUAUAAUAAGGACCUAUGACCAUGUGCUCAUUGGAUCAGAAAAAAAAAGUGGAAGGUUUGAUUUCCUCAUUUAAAAUAUAUCCAUGGUAAUGAACAAACUUGAUGUGCAACUUUUGAUUUACUUUUUGGUCUGUUUUUUGACUUUGAAUAUUUUAAUAUGUUUUACUUGAAUACAAAUAGUCCUUAGUUACAUAAGGCAUUUUAUCCUUUGUGUCAUAAGCCUAUUAGCACAAAGUGUUUUAAUAUGUGUGAUUCUUUGCGUAAACAAAGAAGUGUUUUUUUAAAUAAUUCAUACUUAUCUAAAAUUAAAUAUAGUUUAUGCUGCUAUUGUAUAAAGUAGCACAUGUCUCAUAUUUAUGGUUUUGAUUUGUUACUACUGUGUUCAUUUCCAAUUGUGCACAUGGAUCUAUAUAAACUUUAAUGAAUUUUUGAACUUAACAUACAUAGUAUUAAAUCCUUGUGCAAUCAAAUUAAUGUUACUUAUCUGAUAAUAUUUUAUUUCAUUGUCAACAAAUUCUCUUCUUGAUGAGGUUUGGCUUUGCCAAACUCAAAACUUUGUCUCUCAAGCUUGUUCUUUAAAAUAUACAGAUUAAGCUGUAAAUUUAAAGAAUCAUUUUGAAUAUACAUUUAAAAAGUGAUAUUUAGUAGUUGGAAAAUGGAGGUUGAGCCAUUUGGGCUACAAUUUUAUACCAUCUUAUUGUUACAUUAGUUUGAGUAUUUGUUGCACUUAGUUUAACUGACAUUUUUAAAAUUCUAAUAAUCUUAAUCUCAAAUGUAGCAUUAGUAUUUCUAAGUGAAUAGAAUCAGAAGUUUGUUUUUUAAGUGUUUGUAAGGUUCUCAAAUAAUGUGACAUGUGUUUUUUGUGACAUGAAGCUGUUGUGUAGAUUCUGUAUUUCUGAUAGACCAUGCUAACAGACACCAAAGGUACAACAAAGCUGUCUGUGCUCACUGUCAUUAGACUGGUGACUCUUAAACUCAGGCAGAAGCUAAUCAUUGGAACUCGGUAUUUUCUUAAAGGAAGGAUGACUUAUUUUCAGCAAACUGUAUAAACAUACCAUAAACAAGACAACUUCAACAUUUAAUAAAAGUAAACAGAUUAAUUCUAAAGGCCCAGACCUCCAGUCUUUCGUGAAAGGCAUUUGCCUUCAUAAGGAUCAAGGAUGAGGCUGCUAGAUGUAAAAACUAUGCAAAUGUUUUUACAAGACAGAAUUUUCUUUUAAAUCAGGUCAACUUUUUAUUGUCUCAUUUCCAGGCCCUAUUGGAAGGUAUCUAUAUUGGAUUACCCAACCUUACUUUUAAGAUGUGCACUAUGGAGAGUGUAUAUGUCAAGCUUAUUCCAAAUAGGAGGUUAAAGAAAAAGGC